AUGAAAAAAAAACAUAAAAAUAAUGACUAUUUAAAUCAAAAUAAAGAAACAAAAGAAAAUACAAAUCAUUAUAAUGAGAAAUACGAAGACGAAAGUGAAAAUUCUGAAAAAAAAAUGAGUAACAGUUUAUCCCCCCUUAUACAUGCUCAUGAUAGUUUUGAAUCUGAAUCGAAACAAAACAAUAAAAAGGAAAAAACGAAAAAAAAUAAAUCCAAAAUUGUAAAGAGAGAAACAAAUGAUUAUCUUGAUAACGAAAAUUUGUCAUCAUAUGAAGAAAACAAUAGUAACAAUAAAAUGAGUGACCCAAAAAAAAAAGAAAAAAAGUUAAAAGAAAAUAAAAAUUCCAAUCUUAGUAUUGAUAAUGUAACAACAGAAGAAAUGCUAAAUUACUUUAUAGACCAUUAUAAUAAUGAAAUAAGUAUAGAACAUGAUGAGCUAUGUCAAAUAUUAACAGGUAAAAAAUAUUUUGAUAUAGAAAGAUUAACAAAAAAUUUAGCAGAUAUUACUCAUCAAUCAUUAAUGAUUAAAAGUAUACAAAAAGAAAAGGAACAAUAUUGCAAACAUUGUGGCUAUAUAUUUAAUUAUGAUGAUUAUAAUUAUUUAUUUAUAAAACGCUUUAAUAUGUCAAAAUUAAAUAAUAAUGAUAAUAAUCCAGCUUUAUGUGAAAAUACUAUUAAGUGUAUUUAUUGUGGUUACAUAAUAGAAGAUUUAGAUAUAAAUGAUAAUAUAAAUUAUAAUGCAAAUAAUUAUAUUGAGCUUCAUUCAUAUAGAGAAAAAUAUUUAUUUGAUAAUAAUAAAAAAACGUAUUGGCAAAAUAAAAUUGCUACUUUUGAUAAAAAUGUUGAAUUAUUUAAGGAAGGGGAAAAUGCAGCUUAUAAUAUAACCUAUGAAAAAUGUACAGAUUGUGGUCAUGAUUUUCUUUAUUUUGUUAAUAUACAAACUCGAAGUGCUGAUGAAGGAUCAACUAUCAUUUACUUUUGCCCCAAUUGCAAAAAGCAAACAACUGUCAAUAAUUAA